AAUAAUUUUUAAAUCAGAGCCAUCUGUAUAAGCAGAAAAGCAAUAAACAAUGAGAUGUUAAUGGUUUGUAUUAAGAGGUCUCUCUUCUUGUGCUUAAUGUUUUAUCCUCAAUACCCUUUACUUGCUCAAUGCAAAGCAUGUUACAUUUUUAAUUGACUGUUAAACCCAAGUGCUUAUAAAUGUCAUAAAUUGUAAUGUUAUUGAUACAAUUUAAAAUCAACAAAAUGCUUGUAAAGUUUUCCAUUAUUUUCCUUUCAAUAUCAACUCUAAUAACAGGACGGAUAAUGCCAGACGCUCCAGAGUUGCUGGAUCUACCGUUAAAGGUGUCAGAUGGAGUGUUGCUCAUCGAUGCUAGUUUCCAUAAUUCCUCUUAUCCAUUUGGAAGAAUUUUUUCAGUGAGAGAAAUGAUAUUAGUUUCAGAAUCAGCCAUCACAGGUAAAAUUCAAGUCUGGAAUAAUGAGGAUGGCUAUGAUAUUCAUUAUCAGUUUGAUAGAUCCGGGAAGGACAGUAAGGAGAGAUUGGUUAUUCAUGAUAAAGAUUGCACAUUAUAUAAUCACAGUGAAAUGAUUCAAAAUGCGCAUCUAUUUGGAGAUAAUAAACCUCUUAGAGAUUUAAUAAUGAUGACGGGACCUUCAAUUAUAUACCGAUUCGCUGGACAAUCAGCUGUUUGGAGUGAAGCUACACAGCAUGGAUUGAGUAGGAAACUUAAUACGACUGUUGUCUCGUAUUCAACAUUUGUAAUCACUCUUGAUUUCCAUAAUACAUAUGACUUUUCUCCUGGAGCUAAACAAUUCCAAAUUGAAUUCAAAGGCUACGACCAAGUUUCAGAAUCACAUGGACAGCGAUUACUCAUGGAUAUUUACCUGCACAGGUCUUUCACUCCGAUUCAAAUUUCUGAUUUAAAGUACAAAACUCAACCUUCACCUGGAAUUGGUUGUCCGAAUUACUUAAUACCAUCUGAAAGGAAACCGAUUCCCAAGUUAUUGGCCAAGUAUGUAAACUUCACCAUGUAUGAGGAGAUCGAAGGCUCAACUAAUAACAGACCAUUCAGUGAAAUUACGGCAUCUGUACAGAGCCUUUUGAUGAGGCUUAAAACAAACUUAAAUGGUGUAAAAACAGAAGUCAUUUACGAUCAUAGACAUGGAAUAGCUCUUACUCUCGAAGAAGGUGGACGUUGCCAGAUUGCAAUCAGUAACAAUAACUCCCCUGGACUGGAUGUGAUGUUUCGCUUUAGGCUAGAGAAUCUUUUCUUUGUCGAUGGUGACUUCAAUUAUCUGAGAAAGGACUACUUCGUAAGUAAUUUCACGAAUAGCGCUAAAGUAAGAGUAGACCGAUUCGAAUUUCUUGUUGAUGCUUGGGAAUCAGUGCAAUUCAAUGUUGAUUUUCAAGGAAAUAAAGUGGAUAAAAUUGUCUUUACUCAUUUUUUUGUUGAAUCGCCGAACAGUACGAUAUUUGCUGGUUAUUCACUUGUGCAAACAAUGAUUUCUAUCUAUAACUCACACUCAUCGAAAAAAAGUUACGUUUUGGCUAAAAGGAUCAGAAGAAGCUAUGUGUACUUGCAAUCUGUUCAAACUAAAUACGAAAUAUAUGAUUAUUUGAAUGAUUGUAAAUACUUGCUAAGAGACAGAAGAGUAACCCUUAGCUUUAAAAUUGGAUGUCAAGUACGCAAUACUGAUUGUGUAAAAUUAGCUAACAGAUGUUUGGUCCGAUUCAAGGAAGAGUUCAUAGAUGCAAUGCUAAUAUAUGAACCAAUCUCUCAACUGAGAAUCGAUGAUAUUCAAUAUCGCUCUUCCGACUCUCAAAUCGAAAUGAAAGUCACAUUUCUUAGCAAACCCGAUUAUGAUGAUCUUAUCAAUCCACAAAAAAUGCUUGUCAGUAACGAAACAUUCGAUGUGGCUAGAACUCUCUCUGCAAGUAAUGAAAGUGAAUGCUUGUAUCAAUUAGGUCAUAUUCGUGGACUUUUUGCUGUUGGUAUCUGGAGAUCUUCAGAUUCCUUCUGUGGUUAUUUGAGAAAAUUUGAGGAUUUCAAGGAAGAUAACAUAAAUGGAGAUUCGUGCAACGUCUACAUCUUUCCAUUGGAGAAGUACUAUCCCAUAAGCUAUGAAUUAAGCAGGAACUUAGCACUCGAUGAUCGUCAAAAAGGAUUUUUGAAGUAUAUGUUCAGAACAUUUUCAAUGAAAGAUCCUUUAUCACAUGAUUCUGUUUCUUAUAAAAUUAUAGAUAUCGUUGAAGUAACUGAGUUCGCAAAGGACGGUAAAGAUUCUAAAAUCCCUUUAUAUCAUAGAAUAUAUGACAACUCGAAGUUAAAAAAAGAUGAAAAAACAAUUCUAGUUGGGCCUGGAAUCGCAACGUUUACUGAAUGCCUCAGAUUUUGUCUAAAUUCUAAGGAACUCAACUGUAGUUCUUUUUCUUUUUGCUCUGAUUCUGAUUCCGUCGACUGCAGAAUAAGCGCCUUGAUAGAGAAUAAUGUUACGGAGGCAGCAAACAAAGAACGUGACACAAAAUGCUCUAUCUUUUCAAUUAAUGCAUUGCGACUUUACUCAAAAGUUCCUAAUCGAAAGUUCAAAAAGCAAAUAUCAACUGCAAUCAGGCAAAGUGCAACUUCUUGUGCACAGGAGUGUUUGCACUCUGACGAUUGUAUCUCAUUCCAAGACUGUGGAUAUUCGUGUAGUUUCAAUAGCUUUUAUACUGACUCCAGCUCUGAGUAUGACGAAGAUUGUGUCAUAUAUUAUCGCGAAGUACUUCAUGAGUACAGGAAUACUGGAAAUAAAAUAGUAUCCGAAGUGAUCCACACUGAGAUGAACUUGAAUCUAGACCAAUGUGCUUCAUUGUGUCAUGGAUGGACUGAUGGUGACACUGGAUGUAGAUCGUUCAACUAUUGUCCCAGAAAUAUCAAUCAAAUGGAAAGCUCAUGUUCAUUGACUAAAUAUUCGGUUGCGAUUUCUGAUACAAAUAGCAUUGAAGGAGGUCACUGUUUUAAUUACGAAUUGAUAACUCAGUCGAAUGACAAAAAAAAUGAAGAAUCAAGUGCACUUAAAUUAACCAAAGGAACGAGUGAAUUGAAUUCUUUCGGUAUAAUCAUGAUGUUCCUAAUCAUUGUUUCUUUUUUAGUAUUCUCAGCUCCAUGUGUCUACGAAAAAAUCAAACCCAAACGUCUUGUUACUCAGGUGAAUGAGAGUUUCACUUGUACAAAACAAGUUAAUGAGCAACCUGAAACUACUAAUUUAAAUAUGUCGACUUUUAAAUGUUGAUCUUAUACCGAAUUUCAAUGUGAAUCCAAACGAUCUAAGAAUAUAUUCACUGCGAACUCUAUGAGUUUCGGGAAUUCAUCCAUUAUUAAUAUAUCCUUUUAAUCUCGUCUUUAAUUUAAAAAAUUCAGUCAAUAGUUGCAGCGCAAUCCCAAUACAAUAUUGAUAAUAAAAAACUUCACGAUACAAAAUAGUCAUUUUUAUGGGUUUCAAAA